AUGCCCACCAAAGCUACAAAUACAACGGACGUACCGUAUGAAAAAAAGCCUUGGGUCAGUUAUGGAUUCCACUAUGAAGAUAAGUUCGAGGAUCGAAUACGUAUGCACCAAACGAUGUUUGUACUUGUAUCUGUACUUUUCGUCACAUUAUCAGUUGUCACAGUAUAUUGGCCAGAUCCACAAUUGCACGAUUGGGCAAAACGAGAAGCAUAUUUGCAGCUUCGUUAUAGAGAAGAAAAUGGUUUGCCUUUGGUAGAUCCAAACCUUAUAGAUCCAUCCAAAGUUGUUCUUCCUAGUGAGGAGGAAUUGUCAGAUGUAGAACUAAUUAUUUAA